AUGAAGUGGAAGCAAUAGCCUUUUUCCAUCGGAACAGAGCAACGCACGGGCCACCUGAGAGCACUUUUUCGACGACGCCGAGCAUCGAGACACCUCCAUCAACCCUCAAUUGGCGCGCGAAGCCGGUCGAUAUCCUUCCGCCAUGGGGAAAUAUACAGCAAUGCGCCUCUUCAAUUCUCUGCAGUCCUCAAUCUGCGCAUCAUGUCGCUCCGGCCUGCCGCUGCCAUCCCUCUCCCUCUCGUCCGUCCGAAGCUUCUCGAAUUCCUCUCGGAUGCUCGCCCGAACCCCUCCGCCGCAAGAACCCCAGGAUCCAUUGAACAUGGACAGCCUGCUCAAGAACGUGGACAACAACUUCAGGCGGGUGGGUGAUUCCUUCCAUGGUAUAAUUCCUGGCCAAGGGACAUUGGAUGGCUUCCAAAACCUUGCCAAGCAGGAAUGGGAAGAAGACGAUCGACACCACCUCCACAUCUACGCACACAAACACAACACACACAUCACCCUCACGAAGCCAAAUCGAGACGCCCUGAUAUCGGUCUCUUGCGGGAACAUCGGGUUUCGCAAGUCUGGACGAGGCAGCUACGAUGCCGCUUAUCAACUCGCCGCAUUCGUCAUGAGCAGAAUCCAAGACAAGGGUUUAUUGCCACAGAUCAAGAAAUUGGAACUCGUCUAUCGUGGAUUUGGGCCGGGCCGAGAGGCCGUGACCAAAGCGAUUCUGGGAAGUGAAGGAAGGAAGAUUCGCCCACUGGUCUGCAGGCUGUCUGACUCAACCAGGCUGAAGUUUGGCGGUACACGAAGCAAGAAGCCCAGGAGAUUGGGCUGAGCAGUAUUGUGCAUUUUAAGACGUGCUUUUGUGGCGAUUACGAACAACCUAGACCGGAGAUGUUUGCAGGCAGAGGUACAAGAAUGGCUUUUGUACAAUAUGCAUCCGUAGGAGUAAAGAUUCGAUCACAAUUA